GCGUCGCCGCCAUCUUUGUUGAUGUGUCAGCUCCGCGGGGGUUUGAGGAAGCCGAGAAGGAGGGACCGCGGUGUCGAUCUUGUCCCUUUUCUCUGUCUCCUCGCACCUCCUGGUCUGCCGGUCCCCGCUAUGGAGAAAUUAGGUCCUGAGCCAGAGCUGCAGCGGCCUCGGUAGGGGUGCGGCCUGAGGCUCGGAGAAGUGGGACAUAAAACGAAGAUCGGGAACAGAUUUGAAGCGGUGCAGAGUGAAGUGGUGGCGGUCAGCAUGUCAGAGGCAGAGCACGUAGCCUCCAUUUCCUCUGAUAAAAAUAUCGAGAAAACAUUUGAAUUAAAGGAAGACUCCUGCAACUUGUUGUCUGGUGAUGACAGCAGCUUAGAAAAUGAGUCUACGCCACCAUCAUUAAAUUUGGAUAAAACUUUAUGUCAGCCUAACGAACACACUCAAAUUGAAGCACAGGAAAACUAUAUUCAGGAUCAUGGUGGAGGUGAGGAUUCUUGUGCUAAAACAGACACAUGCUCAGAAAAUUCUGAACAGCUAGCUUAUUUUCCUGGUGGAGACUUUACAGAGCAAGCUCCGAAAACAAAUGAAACUGAGCAGACAGUGACACAGAUAUUGGCGGAAUUGAGGUCAUCUACAUUUACAGAAGCAGCAAAUCAAAAGACUUAUUCAGAAAGUCCUUAUGAUACAGACUGCACCAAGAAACUUAUUUCAAAAAUAAAGAAUGUUUCAGCAUCAGAGGAUUUGUUGGAAGAAAUAGAAUCUGAGCUUUUAUCUACAGAGUUUGCAGAAGAACACCGAGUGCCAAAUGGAAUGAAUAAGGGAGAACGUGCAUUAGUUAUGUUUGAAAAGUGUGUGCAGGAGAAGUAUUUACAGCAGGAGCACACCAUAAAGAAGUUAAUUAAAGAAAAUAAGAAGCAUCAGGAGCUCAUCUUAGACAUUUGUUCAGAAAAAGACAAUUUAAGAGAAGAACUAAAAAAAAGAACAGAAACAGAGAAGCAGCAUAUGAACACAAUUAAACAGUUAGAAUCAAGAAUAGAGGAACUUAGUAAAGAAGUUAAAGCUUCUAAAGAUAAACUUCUAGCUCAAGACAUUGCAGCUAAAAAUGCAGUUCAGCAGUUACAUAAAGAAAUGGCUCAUCGGAUGGAGCAGGCCAACAAAAAAUGUGAAGAGGCACGCCAGGAGAAAGAGGCAAUGGUAAUGAAGUACGUAAGAGGUGAGAAGGAAUCUUUAGACCUUCGCAAGGAAAAAGAGAUACUUGAAAGAAAACUCAGAGAUGCAAAUAAAGAAUCUGAGAAAAACACUAACAAAAUUAAGCAGCUUUCUCAGGAGAAAGGGCGUUUGCACCAGCUGUAUGAGACAAAGGAAAGUGAAACUACUAGACUCACCAGAGAAAUUGACAAAUUAAAAGAAGAUAUCAACUCUCACAUCAUUAAAGUAAAAUGGGCACAAAACAAAUUAAAAGCAGAAAUGGAUUCACACAAGGAAACCAAAGAUAAACUCAAAGAAACAACCACAAAGUUAACUCAAGCAAAGGAAGAAGCAGAUCAGAUACGGAAAAAUUGUCAGGAUAUGAUAAAAACGUAUCAGGAGUCAGAAGAGAUUAAAUCAAAUGAGCUGGAUGCCAAGCUUAGAGUCACAAAAGGAGAGCUUGAAAAACAGAUGCAAGAAAAAUCUGACCAGCUAGAGAUGCAUCAUGCCAAAAUAAAAGAACUGGAAGAUCUGAAGAGGACAUUUAAGGAGGGCAUGGAUGAACUACGAACCCUGAGAACAAAGGUGAAAUGUCUAGAAGAUGAGCGAUUAAGAACAGAAGAUGAGUUAUCAAAAUAUAAGGAAAUUAUUAAUCGCCAAAAAGCUGAAAUUCAGAAUUUAUUGGACAAAGUGAAAAUUGUGGAUCAGAUACAGGAACAGCAUCAAAGAGGUAAACAAGAAAUUGAAAAUUUGAAGGAAGAAGUGGAAAGUCUAAAUUCUUUGAUUAAUGACCUACAAAAAGACAUCGAAGGCAGUCGGAAAAGAGAAUCUGAGCUACUGCUGUUUACAGAAAAGCUCACUAGUAAGAAUGCGCAGCUCCAGUCUGAAUCCAAUGCUUUGCAGUCACAGCUGGAUAAGCUUUCCUGUAGUGAAAGUCAGUUACAAAGCCAAUGUGAACAAAUGAAACAGACAAAUACUAAUUUGGAGAGUAGAUUGUUGAAAGAGGAGGAACUGCGGAAAGAGGAGGUCCAGACCCUGCAAGCGGAUCUCGCCAGUAGACAAACAGAAGUUAAAGCCCUGAGCACACAGAUUGAAGAACUGAAAGAUGAAUUAGUCACUCAGAGACGUAAACAUGCCUCGAGUGUCAAGGAUCUUAUCAAACAACUCCAGCAAGCAAGAAGAAGGUUAGACCAGAUUGAGAAUGGAAACUAUGACAAAGAAGUCAGCAGCAUGGGGAGUCGCUCCAGUUCAUCCGGAUCCCUCAAUGCUCGAAGCAGUGCAGAAGAUCGAUCUCCAGAAAAUACUGGGUCAUCAGUAGCUGUGGAUAACUUUCCGGAAGUAGAUAAGGCCAUGUUGAUUGAGAGGAUAGUAAGGCUGCAGAAAGCGCAUGCUCGGAAAAACGAAAAGAUAGAAUUUAUGGAGGAUCAUAUCAAACAACUGGUAGAAGAGAUUAGGAAAAAAACAAAAAUAAUCCAGAGUUACAUUUUACGGGAAGAAUCAGGCACACUUUCUUCAGAGGCAUCUGAUUUUAACAAAGUCCAUUUAAGUAGGCGAGGAGGCAUCAUGGCAUCUUUAUAUACAUCCCAUCCAGCUGACAGUGGAUUAACUUUGGAACUGUCUUUGGAGAUCAACAGGAAAUUACAGGCUGUUUUGGAGGAUACAUUACUAAAAAAUAUUACCUUGAAGGAAAACCUCCAAACACUUGGAACAGAAAUUGAACGUCUUAUUAAACACCAGCAUGAACUCGAACAGAGGACGAAGAAACCCUAACGCAAAGCUCUCGAUCACUAAACAGACAAAAGCCACAUAAGGAGCAGGUUCCACUGCCCGUUAUUGUUGGAAACUUCUCCCUGCUUUGUGUGUCAGCCAGUAAAAAAUCGUUUUGCUUCAUCUGUAUAAAAAAGUAUCCUUUUAUAAUAGGAA